AAAAAAAUACUUGAACCAAGCCUUCUUCACAUCUAACAACAACAACAACAUGAAGAUUAUUGACAAGAUCAAUCAGUGCAUUGAAGAAAACAAGACCUUUUAUUCAUUCGAAUAUUUCCCACCUAAAACUGAUGCAGGCGUUGAAAAUUUAUAUCAACGUUUGCAACGUAUGGCCAAACUUGCUCCAAUGUUUAUUGAUAUUACUUGGGGAGCUGGUGGUAGUACUGCUGGUAAAACAAUUGAAAUCGGAGCAACUGCUCAAAAUAUGAUUGGUGUUGAAACUCAAAUUCACAUGACUUGUACUAAUAUGAAGGUUGAAGAAUUGGACAAGGCUAUUCAAACUGCAAAGGAUAUGGGUAUUUCUAAUAUUUUGGCUUUGAGAGGAGAUCCACCUCUUGGAAGUGAAGAUUGGGAACAAACUGAUGGUGGUUUCAAGUAUGCUAGAGAUUUAAUUUCACACAUUAGAAAGACUCAUGGUGAUUACUUUGGUAUUUCUUGUGCUGGAUACAGUGAAGGUCACCCAGAGGGAGAUUAUCAAAAGGAUUUAAUGUACUUGAAGGAAAAGUAUGAUGCUGGAGCAGAUUUUGUUGUUACUCAAUUGUUCUACGAUUGGCAACAAUUCUUAAAGUUUGUUAAGGAAGCUAGAGAAAUCGGAAUUAAAUGUCCAAUUAUUCCAGGUAUUAUGCCAAUUAACAAUCAUGCAUCUUGGCAAAGAAUGACCACUUUCUGUAAAACAAGUAUUCCACAAAAUGUUCAUGAUGAAAUGGCUAAACUUAAUUUGGAAGAUGAUAAUGAAGUUAAGGCCUAUGGUAUCAAAUUAUGUAUCACUAUUUGUAGAGCAUUGAUGGAUAAUGGUAUUCGUGGACUCCAUUUCUAUACUCUCAAUUUGGAAAAGAGUACUGAAGCUAUUCUUGAAGGAUUGGAACUCUCACCAAAGGAAAGUAUUCCAAGAUCAUUACCUUGGGUUAAACCUGCUAAUGCUAAACGUUUGGCUGAAGAAGUUCGUCCAAUCUUUUGGUCUAAUCGUGUUAAAUCAUACAUUGAUCGUACUCAACAUUGGGAUGAAUUCCCUAAUGGACGUUGGAGUGAUUCUAGAUCACCUGCAUUUGGUGAAUUGGGUGAAGAAAUUGCCUAUUUCUAUAGAAGAAAGUUUGGUGAAAAGGAAAAUAUUGUUGCUGCUUGGGGUGCUGAACAUGCUAAUUUGGAAUCAAUUUCACAAGUUUUUGUUAACUUUAUUGAAGGAAAGAUUCCAUUCCUUCCAUGGAAUGAACAAUCUACCUCUCCAGAAACCAAUAUUAUUAAGAAUGAAUUGAUUGAACUCAAUAAGAAUGGUUUCUUGACUACCAAUUCUCAACCAAAGGUUAAUGGUGUUUCAUCAUCUGAUGAUUCUGUUGGUUGGGGACCAUUGAAUGGAUUUAUCUAUCAAAAGGCCUACGUUGAAUGUUUCAUUUCACCACAACAUCUUGAAACUCUUGAAAAUAUUAUCAAGGAAAAGUAUCCAAUGGUUACUUAUCAAGCUCUCACAAAGGAUGGAAGAGUCAAGACCAAUAUUCAAGGUGAUAAUUAUGUGAAUGCUGUCACUUGGGGUGUUUUCCCAGCUCAACAAAUUCUUCAACCAACUGUUGUUGAUAGUAAUGCUUUCUUAGUUUGGAAGGAUGAAGCUUUCCAAAUUUUGGAUACUCACUGGUUGUCUUUAUAUGAAGAAGGAUCUCAAGCUCAUACUCUCUUAAAGACAAUUUCUGACGAAUGGUACUUGAUCAAUGUUGUUGAUAACGACUAUAUUAAUGGUGAUAUUUUCAAAUUAUUCAGGGAAGUUUCUCAACAAAAGCAAUAAAUUAUUUCGAUCAAUUUUUCUAAU